AAGCCUCAUCAUUAGCGGAGUCAGUCUUCCAUAGCGCCAGUGGAUGAGCAGGUGUUGCUCUUGUUCGCCGAAUUUUCAUGUAGUGCUUUGAUGACUGAUUAAAUCAAGCAACUAUUGCAUCAGAGAUGUCCAAGGAUGAUAAUAACUCACUGCCAGAUAACAUCCGACACAUGAAAGACACUGGUCAGCCAGCGUGAUUUGGAGUAGCAGACACAGCCACAUCUGAUGCAUCACACUCCACAACAAACAGGAUGACAUGAACAAUGCUAUUCAGUGCAGCUUUUCCAAGCUUAUUCUUCAAAGUAUCAGUAGCUGAAAAAGAUUUUUGAGCAAGAGGAAAAGACAUAGCCUUUUAGAGAGGCUGUGCUGUAUCUGAGGAUUCCAGCAUCCACAUAGCAUACCUAGAGUCAUCCUCCUCCAGCGAGGGCAGCGCAUGGUGAGGGGCAGCCCAGUGGUGGAGCCUUCCUUCUACACUUGACAUCAGCCUCACUCCAUGCAUUGGCACUAUAGCAAUAUCCUUCUGUUUCCAUGAGAAAGCCACAAGAAAGGAGGCAAGUUCAAGUAAGGAGCGUAAUGGAGGCUUCACUAGUGUUCUAAAGGAAAGUUGUUGGGGAGCAGGCCAGCUAGCCACCUAUCUCCUCUCUCUCCUCCCACUCUUAUAAAGAAAAGACAAUCAUUCAACAGCACCAUGGGGAUGCAGAUGAAUAGCAAUGACAGUGAACUUCCUUCAUAUUUUGAAGAUUUGAGGGAAAUAGUAAUGACUGUGGAGCCCCGCCUCCGCCCUAUCCCUGAGAUGAGGAUGCACGUGUCUCGGUUCUUGGAUGGUGCUGAUAUGGAUGAGGUUUAUCCAGAUCUUUUCCUUGGAGACUGUGAUGCUGCAAUGAAUGAAUCAUACCUCCUCAAGAAUCGUAUCACUCAUGUUCUCAAUGCAGCCGGCAACGCCCACGGCCCAGCUCCAGUAAAGACAGGCCCAAACUUCUACAAGAGUCCAUCUAUCAAAUACUUGGGAUUGAACCUCAUUGAUCUCCCAUUCAUCAAUAUUUCUGUGCACUUUGAAAGGGCUUCAGUGUUUAUUGAAGAAGCUCUUAAGUCAGGCAGGGUCCUGGUACACUGCCGGCAGGGGCGAUCAAGGUCCGCUGCUAUUGUGGUGGCCUUCCUAAUGAUGUAUCGAGGGAUGACGGCUGCUGCUGCCCUCACCAUGAUCAGGAAAAAACGUGAGAUUCGACCAAAUAAUGGCUUCUUACAGCAUCUGGCAAACCUUGACUUGAAACUCUUCCAAAUUAAGCUUGAAAAGAUGAGAGAAGAAUCUUCCUCUUCCUCUGCCUCUUCCUCCUCCUCUUCAUUACCACAACCAUCACCAUUAUCAUCACCAGAACAAAAUAAUAAGAAGGAAAGUGAGUCAAAUGAGGAAGAUGACGACUGUGAGGAAGAAGGUUUUCCUAGGUGCUAGCACAGCCUACUCACACUGGAGGACACACAGCCUGGUAGGCUGUGUGUCACCUAUCCCUGUCCAUAACUGAACAAAGGUCUAUGAAUUCAGCUUACUGGCAGGUGCCGCAGUACUGGGUCACCUUUUUAAGAUACGACUCUGAAACUGCUAGCUGUGUUUGGGCAUAGUGAGGCUCUAUCUCCACUACUAAGUUAGUCCUUCCCAUGCAGAUGAAAUCAUCUUGACAGAUACUACGGUUUACCUCCCACAUCUGUGUGUGUGUGUGCGUGGAUAAAGAGUAAAUUCAAUUGAAUGUAAAAAUAAAUGUAUUAGCAAGUGCUGGGAACUGUGAGCUAUGUGACACCAAAAACUAAAGUGAUGUGGUGACAGAGACUUUUGAGUCCAAGAAUAGUGUAAAACAGGACAGUACAUUCUUGGAAAACUGAUGAUUUUCUGACACUGGGUAUUCAUGACCUAUAACAAUGUCACAAGGAAAGGCACAAGAAUGAUUCUAAAUAAAGUCUUUUAUAAUUAA